AUGAUUCCCAACCCCUGCAAGACGAGGAAGAUUCGAACAAGACUCGAGCAACACACGAUCCCCUCCCCCCUGUUUUGCGAUGAGGACGUUGCGCACGUGGCGUACGCUGACUCGGAGUUGGAUCCAACGUGGCAGGAUGAGGGUUUCGCUGGGAACGGUCGCGUGGUCGCUGGUGUUCGUGCUUCUCCUGUCCUCGCCGUUCCAGAGGCAGGCCGGAAAGGCCACAGCCUUGCAGGGGAAGGCGCUGGGGCAACAGGGGAAGGCGCUGGGGCAACAGGGGAAGGUGCAAAGGCGGGAGGCAGGGGCAGUGUGCAGGGAGGUGGCGGCAAUCCCAAGGUUGCUCGGUUCACUAAUGAGGAUCUGCUAGAUGCCAUGGAUAUGCUGGUGAGUGACGUGGAUAUGCUGGUGAGUGACGUGGAUAUGCUGGUGAGUGAAGUGGAUAUACUGGUGGGUGACGUGGAUAUGCUGGUGGGUGACGUGGAUAUGCUGGUGGGUGACGUGGAUAUGCUGGUGAGUGACGUGGAUAUGCUGGCGAGUGACGUGGAUAUGCUGGCGAGUGACGUGGAUAUGCUGGCGGGUGACGUGGAUAUGCUGGUGGGUGACGUGGAUAUGCUGGUGAGUGAAGUGGAUGUGCUGGUGAGUGACGUGGAUAUGCUGGCGAGUGACGUGGAUAUGCUGGCUAGUGACGAGGAUAUGCUGUUCGCCCGCAAGGCCAAGCGCAACGUGCCAGCAGCCCUGCAGCAGUUGAAGCACAUGGCCUCGCUCCUGCCGCCCCUCCCCCCCGCGCCCUUCUUCCCCUUCCCCUCCAGCCCCGCCCCUCUGCCUCCAACUUACUCCUCCUCCUCCCCAUCCUCCCCUUCCUCUCAACUCUCCUCUUCGACAGCAGAAACGGGGUUGGGGAAUCGGGAACAGGAGGGGGGAGUGGGUGGAGGGGGAGGGGCAGGGGAAAGUGCAGGGGUAGCGGCUGGGGGAGGAGCAGGGGGAGUAGGAGGGGCAGUGGCAGGGGGAGGGUCAGAUGCAGGGCGGAUACAGGGAUCUGUUGAGUUCAAUGAAAUGGGUGAUCAGGCAGUGCAGGCAGGGAGGGUUGCGGUAGAGGGUGGGGCAGUGCAGGCAGGGAGGGUUGGGGUAGAGGGUGGGGGAGUGCAGGCAGGGAGGGUUGCGGCAGAGGGUGGGGGAGGGCAGGCAGGGAGGGUUGCCGCAGAGGGUGGGGGAGGGCAGGCAGGGAGGGUUGCCGCAGAGGGUGGGGUGGUGCAGGAAAGCGGCCUUCCACAAGGAAUUGCAGGUGCAGAUGCUGCCUGGCGGGCUGAUGCUCUGAGAGCCCUGAAGGAAGAUGAUGAUGGGGCAGUGCAGGCAGGGGGGGUUACAGCAGAGGGUGGGGCAGUGCAGGGGAGUAGCCUUCCACAAGGGAUUGCAGAUGCAGAUGGUGCCUGGCGGGCUGAUGCCCUGAGAGUGUUGAAGGAAGAAGAUGUGGAGGAUGAAGGCAAUGAGAGGGAUGAGGGUGAUGAGGGGGAUGAGGGUGAAGAAGAGGAGGAAGAGAGUGAGGAGGAGAUUGAGGAAGAGAUUGAGGAGGAGAUUGAGGAGGAGGAGGAAGCGGCAGGGAGAGACGAAGGGGGGAGGGGGCAGGAGGAAAGGGCGCCGUUGGGAUUGAGAGGGGGAGAAGAGAGCGAGGGGAGGGGGGGAGAUGAGGGGGUAAGUGAGGAGGAGGUGGUGGUGGCGAGUGAUGCAGCUUUUCUGCUGGCUGUGAUGGCUGCUACAGGAUUCGCAGGGGAGGUCUACCCGAGGAAUGAAACAUUGGCCCUACACUACCUGCGACUGGCAGCGGAGACCGGCUCCAUGCAGGCCAUGGCUGCACUUGCCAGCCGCUUCCUCUAUGGCCGUGGAGUUCCCACGGACUGUGAGGCGUCACUCGCCUACUACCGCAGCACAGCAGCAGACCUGUCAGCAGCAGCAGAGGCGUCAGGCGAUCAGCAGCUGCCCAAGGACCCCGUGCGUCUGAGGGACUGGUUCCGCGACGGGGGGUUCCAGCCCCAAGCAUUCGACGAAGACCACGCAGAGCAGGUGGAGUUUGAGCAGGACCUGGCAGAGCGCGGGGUACCGGAGUCCCUUCGGCUAAUGGGAUUCCGCCACCUCAUCGGCCAGGGGAUCCCCCGCAAUCCCCAGGAGGCCCUGCGCCACUUCCGAUUGGCCGCUGCUGCUGGUGAUGACGUGGCAGCCUUCAACCUCGGCUACAUGCACAUGACCGGGGCAGGCGGGGCGGUUCCGAAAAACUUCACCGCUGCCCGGAAAUACUUCCUGCAGGCGGCUUCGGGCAGGAACAAACUUGCAGCUGCCCAGAACGGGCUGGGGGUCCUGUAUCAAAACGGGUGGGGGGUUCAGCAAGACUUGAACCUGGCACGUGAAUUCUUCCUGAAAGCAGCAGAGAGAAACGAUUCGGACGCGCUUUCGAACUUAGGGUACAUUCACUUUGACGGGCUGGGCGUGCCUGCGAAUGCGAGUGCAGCAGUGGGUUAUUUCGAGAGGGCCAUGGAUGCAGGGCAAUGGAGUGCCCCCUAUACUCUGGCUAGGAUUCUCGAUGGAUCACUGGUUUCCGUUUCUGCUGCUUACUCUGCUGCUGUCGCUGCUGCUGCUGGUGCUGCUGAUUCUGCUGCUGCUACAGUUCCCCGGAACUGCUCCCGGGCGGCGAAGCUGUAUGGCAUUUUUGUCUCGGAGCGCAUCGGGUGGGCGGCGGAGCUGAAGGAAGCUGCUGCGGCGUACGAGGAUGGGGACUGGUGGAGCGGUUUGGUGCGGUACGGAAUGGUGGCGGAGGAAGGGAGCAAAGUGGCAGCAGAGAAUGCUGCCCAAAUGCUUGUGCACAGUCAAGGUUACUCGGCCUCUGACCGCUAUGCUUUAGCACUAGACCACGCAAUGAGGGCGGUGCACAUCGGGUCGGCACCAGCCAUGGUGGAUGCAGCGCUCCUCAUGCUCAUCCACCACCUGCCCUCGCUAGUGCCACUUCCACCGCCACCACCGCACUCCACCGUUUAUCCACACGCACAGGCAAUCCCAGCCGCUGAUUCGCACCUUUCCGCACAGUCGAUCGCAGCCAUUGAUACACACCAUGCAGGACAAUCACUCCCAUCCGUUGAUCAGAACUCCACAGCAGGACAGUCAGUGACCGCUGCCCCUGACCCUCUCCCGUGCGACCCACUGUCUCUGCUGAAGCGGGCAGCAGACUUGCACGAACCAGAGGCUCUUUUCCACCUCGCAUACCUCCAUAUAGUGGGCCUCGAUAACAGCACCGGCGGGUACAGUGUAGGAUCAGUCCUGUGGAGCAGCAGCAGUGCCACCAGCACCAGUGGCAGGACCACCAUUAGCAGCAGCAGCAGCAGCGGAAGCAGCAGCGGCGGCAGCGGCAGCAGCAGCAGCAGCAGCAGCAGCAGCAACGCCACUGUUACCAUCAUAGUCCCAGUGAACUUGACUCGAGCACACGAGCUGCUCUCCUCAGCGCUGCUCUACUGCCACAACGACGAGGCUCUCCCUGUCUCCCUCGCCCUCCACUCCCUCUCCCUCCUCCGCCUCCUCCCCCCCUCCCUGCGCUCCCUCCUCCUGCCCCUCCUUCCUCGCUAUGCCAUCUCUUCCUCCACGUCACCACCCGGUGCGAUGUCGUUCGUUAGGGCGGUCGUGUCAGCGCUGAGUCGCGCUGCGUCAGCGGUGAUGCAGUCUGCGUCAGCAGCUGUGCAGUGGUGGCUGGAUUUCGAGGACUAUGUGUUUGGGGAGCUGGAAAACAUGCUUUUCCCUGAGGAUGGCAACAGCUAUGGCACGGGGAAGGCAGGGGUAAUGGGGAAGGCGAAUGUGGAGGCUCCGUCCACUAGUGGUGGUGAAACAAGUGGUGGGGCGGGUGCUGGGUUGCGGCAACGACAAGUGCAGCAGCAGGUAGACGGUUAUACCCCCAACUAG